CACCGAAAACAGGGGUGUGGCGAAACUUUGUACAUAAACAUCUCUUCCGUAGAUGGGUUUGUCAAAAUUAGAAUUAAAUGGAAAAUAAAUAAAUAAGUAAUAAAUAAAGUUCCUUCUCUAUUUGGGUAUAGUUUUGUUUGGUUUCUGUUUUAAGCUUUCAUGGUACUUUUCUGCCCUUGAAUCUGUUUAGCUUGAAUAUAAUUUAUGAUCAUUCUAGAUCUUUUAUGUUUGUUGCUUUUAGGGUGCGGAGGUCCCCUGGGAAUGGAGAACCGUCAAAUAACAGCAGUACAGAUUUCAGCUUCAUCUCAAUAUGAUGGGAGUCAUGCUCUAACCCUCGGAAGCCUGCAUUUUAAGGGUGGCAACGGAGUAUGGGCUGCAGCUACGAAUGAUCUCAAUCAGUGGUUUCAAAUCGAUCUUCGUGUUGAGGCAAAUGUCACUUUUGUGGCAACCCGAGGGAGGCACGGGGACCCCAACCAAUGGCUGACCCAGUACAAGUUACAAUACAGCAAAGAUGGACUUUCGUUUCAGGUUUAUAAGGAGACUAGACAAAGUUCAGACAAGGUGAGAACAGUUUUUGCAGAACAUAGUCGCUUGAUUGUUUUUGUUGGAAACAGUGAUCAAGACACUGUGGUAAAACAUCCUUUGAUUCCUCCAAUCGGAGCGCGAUACAUCAGACUGAUACCCACAGCAUGGAACAGGCAAAUCGCCAUGAGGAUGGAACUCUACGGAUGUUUUGGUAAUUAUAACCCUCGCUUGAAUCUCCAACAAUUUAAUGACUAAUUCCUAAACUUCUGUACCCACCCCAGGAUGACAGUUCCAAAAUGCAUAUGCCAGGCUCAAUUAAUCGUAUAGUGAAGAUGAAAUUCGUCUGAGCUCAGUUAAGUUUCAACUGUGGCCACCAUAUUCGAAUCUGCUGUAAAUCUCACCCUCGGAGGCUCCUUCGUAAUUCGGAGGUACAAAUUAACAUUGAGUAUAUAACAUGGUGUUGGCUGUGCAACAGAACACAGUGAGAGGCGCGGUGGCGUCCUGGUCAGCGCGGUGGACUCUGGAUCGAGCACUCCAGGUUCGAGCCUCAGCGGGGCUCAUUACUACUAUUCAGAUUGCACUACUGUUGAAUCUAUUUUUUAUGCUAUAACUUGGGUAAAACCAUUCUAUAUUACUACCAUUUACCAUAUAUUUUUCUAUUUAGAAUGUCAGGCUCCUUUGGGAAUGGAAACUUUAAGAUAACGCCCGCACAGAUAUCAGCGUCCUCUCAAUAUAGUGAUCAUGCCCCAUAGUACGGAAGACUACACUACAUAGAUAAUUCUGGUGCAUGGGCAACAGGAGUAGAUGAUCUGAACCAGUGGAUUCAAAUCGAUUUUGGAAUGGAGACAACUGUCAGUUAUGUGGCAACUCAAGGAAGAUGUAAUAUCGAGCAGUGGGUGACCCAAUACAAGUUACAGUACAGCAACAAUGGAAAUUCAUUUCAGGCUUUUAAACAGCAAGGAGAGAACUCAGAUAAGGUUUGAAGAUAUAUAUACUUUAAAGACGAAAACAAGCGCAGAAAAUCAG